UAUUUGUUAUACUUUCCCCUCCUUCUCCUUUGUAGGAGGGCAGACAGUUCAGCAAAAAGGCAAUUGCAGUCAAAGUUAGCAACAUAACUAAUUAUAGGUGUCACCCUCAUGACUAAGGUACUGCACGGUAUUUAAGAAGUUGCCAAAAGGAAACACCCAAGUUGUAUUUUAGGAGUCCAACUGGAUAGCUAGAGAACUGUUCCCAACAACAAAAGGGGCAAAAGAUGUGUUACGGCAAGUGUGCAAGAUGUAUUGGCUACUUCCUUCUCAUUCUGGCAAUAUUCUGCAUUGCUGCAAACAUUUUACUUUUUUUUCCCAAUGGAGAGACCCAGUAUGCUUCACAGAACCACUUGAGUAGAUUUGUAUGGUUCUUCCAUGGAAUUGGUGGUGCAGGGCUACUGAUGCUGCUUCCAGCAGGAGUAUUCAUUGGGCUGGAAAAUGAGGAUUGCUGUGGAUGCUGCGGCAAUGAGAGAUGUGGGAAAAGCUGUGCAAUGCUGUCCUCUAUUUUGGCUGCAUUAAUUGGGGUUGCUGGAGCUGGAUACUGUGUUGUUAUUUCUGCACUGGGCUUAGCUGAGGGGCCACUGUGUUUGAACAAUAACCAGUGGUCUUAUGCAUUCGAAAGCACUAAUGGGAAAUAUCUGACAGAUUAUCAGUCCUGGUCCACAUGCACUGAGCCAAGGAAUGUUGUUGUGUGGAACGUUACUCUGUUUUCCAUACUUCUGGGUCUGUCUGGAAUCCAGGUCAUCCUGUGCCUCAUUCAGAUCAUUAAUGGUUUAAUUGGUGGGAUUUGUGGUGUGUGGUGCUGCCAAGAUUCACAACAGUCCUACGCUUGCUGAGUCAUGCAAGACUUUGGCUGACCCAAGAAAUUGCACUGAUGAAGAACAGACUUGUGUAUUUGUUUAAAUUCUAAUGUAUAGAAUUGUAUGAUUUGUCAUCUACUUUAUACUGGAUGGAACCAAAGACUGUCAGUGAGUACAGCAGAAGAACCAUUUGUCAGAGUGUAAAGAACAUGGAUACAAUGAGCUCCUACUCUCCCCACAUCUGUUCUACUGUGUGCGAAUAGGGUGGGGUAUUUUGCAUCAACAUUGUUUGUUUGUUUCUUUUUUAUUUAAUAUUGUCUUAUUAUGAAUACAAUAAAUGCUGUAUUAGAAAGAA